AUGGAUUCAGAAAACCAAGUGAAUGUGACACAGGCGGUGCUCCCCGAGUCUGCUGUGGAAUCCUCCAACUGCUGCACAACCUCAGCCGUACACUAUGACAACUCGUUCCUUGGUCUGGAAGACAGUACAAAGUUAGUUGGAGUGCAAGUAAUUCUCAUCCUAGCAUACAGCAUGAUUAUUUUUCUUGGAGUCACUGGAAACUCCCUCGUCAUCUAUGUUGUGUAUAAAUUUAAAACCCUGCGCACUGUCACCAACUUUUUUAUCACAAAUCUCGCCAUGGCAGAUCUGCUGGUGAACACUUUGUGCCUGCCGUUCACGCUGAUGUACACUCUCCACGGUGAGUGGAAAUUUGGACAGAUCUUGUGCUUCCUGCUUCCUUACGCUCAGGGUCUAGCAGUGCACGUGUCCACGGUGACCCUUAACGUCAUCGCACUGGACAGACACAGAUCCGUAGUCUACCACCUGGAGACAAAAAUGUCUAAAGAAACAUGCUUCGUCAUCAUCGGUAUAACCUGGGCCAUCAGUGCCAUUUUAGCAAGCCCACUGGCAAUCUUUAGAGAGUAUGGGACUUUUGAUUUAUCUCCGAAGCAGUCCAUCCAGGUGUGCACGGAGAAGUGGCCUGGCAGCCACAGCGAUGGCACUGUCUACAGCAUCUUCAUGCUCCUCCUACAGUACGGCCUGCCCCUGUCCAUCACAUCCUUUGCCUAUAUAAGGAUAUGGAAUAAGCUGAAGAAGCGCAGGAGUCCGGGAGGAGGGAGCGAUCGACAUCACCGGCGCAGGAAAACCACCAAGAUGCUGGUCACCGUGGUGGUGGUUUUCGCUGUGAGCUGGCUGCCUUUUCACGCCUUCCAGCUGGCCGUAGACAUCGACAGCAGCGUGCUGGAGAUGAAGGACUUCAAGCUUCUCUACACGGUUUUCCACAUCAUAGCUAUGUGCUCUACGUUCGCCAACCCAAUCCUGUACGGUUGGAUGAACAAGAACUACAGGAAUGCUUUCAUGGCUGUGUUCAGGUGUGAGCGGAGACAGUACUAUGUCCAUCCUGUGUCUCAUAGAAGAGUUCGGACCAAAAAGGCCCUUGAGACAGAAGACACUCCCAAUUUGAAAACCUCCAGUGUUUGA